AUGCCCCCUUCUUGCCCACUCUACAAAAACCCUAGUCCGCCUCUUAUAUUUCCCUCUUCUUCUCACACUCUCUCCUGCUUGCUGCGGCUUCAAGAUCUGAAAUCAGAGCUUCCCUGCUUUCCAAUUAAGCCAUGGCUCUGGUCUUGCACGCGGGAAAGAACAACAAAAAUGCCUUCAAGGCACUCAUUGCUGCACAAUACUGUGAUGUCGAGGUCAAAUUAGCUGAAAACUUUGAGAUGGGUGUCACAAAUAAAUCUCCUGAGUUCCUUAAGAUGAACCCUAUUGGGAAGGUUCCUGUUUUGGAAACACCUGAGGGUCCUGUAUUUGAGAGCAAUGCCAUUGCUCGUUAUGUUACUCGCAUAAAGGCUGACAACCCUCUAUAUGGUUCUACAUUGAUCGAUUAUGGUCGUAUUGAGCAGUGGAUUGAUUUUGCAUCCAUGGAAAUUGAUGCUAAUAUUGCAAAAUGGUUCUAUCCAAGACUUGGAUAUGGUGUACACCUUCCUCUAGCUGAGGAACAUGCUAUUGCUUCAUUGAAGAGAGCACUGGGCGCAUUAAACACUCACCUUGCUUCCAACACCUAUCUGGUUGGACAUUCAGUCAGCCUUGCUGACAUUGUCAUGACAUGCAACCUCUAUUUGGGUUUCUCCCAGAUCAUGACUAAGAGCUUUACCUCAGAGUUCCCUCAUGUUGAGAGGUACUUCUGGACCCUGGUUAAUCAACCAAAUUUCAAGAAGAUUCUUGGUGAAGUGAAGCAAGCAGAGUCCGUGCCACCUGUUCCCUCAAAGAAGCCUGCUGCCCAGCCAAAAGAAACUAAACCAAAGGCCAAGAAUGAACCAAAGAAAGAACCCAAAAAGGAGGUUGAGAAACCAGCUAAGGCAGAGGCUGCUGAGGAGGAAGAGGCACCAAAGCCCAAACCAAAGAAUCCUCUUGAUUUGCUGCCUCCAAGUAAGAUGAUACUGGAUGAGUGGAAGAGGCUGUACUCUAAUACAAAGACCAACUUCCGUGAGGUUGCAAUUAAAGGAUUCUGGGACAUGUAUGAUCCCGAGGGAUACUCGCUUUGGUUCUGCAACUACAAGUACAAUGAAGAGAAUACAGUCUCAUUUGUCACCAUGAACAAGGUAGGGGGAUUCCUGCAGCGAAUGGAUUUGGCACGCAAGUAUGCAUUUGGGAAGAUGCUCGUGAUUGGUUCUGAGCCCCCAUUCAAAGUAAAGGGAUUAUGGCUUUUCCGUGGACAGGAGAUCCCCCAAUUUGUCCUCGAUGAGUGCUAUGACAUGGAACUGUACGAGUGGAAGAAAGUUGACAUCUCAGACGAAGCCCAGAAGGAACGCGUCAGUCAGAUGAUUGAAGACUGCGAGCCAUUCGAGGGAGAGCCUCUUUUGGAUGCCAAGUGCUUCAAGUGAUAAAAUUAUCUCUUAAGCUUUAUGUUUACUAUUGUUAUUUAUUGCCUUUCAGUCUUUUGGUAGAGUUGUGUGUGUUUCACUAUUUCAGGAUUCAGAUGGACCAAAUAGUAACCAUAUAAACCUUUGUUCCUUUUGUCUCAUUUUUGAGUUCGAUUCAGAUAUCAUUACAAUCAAGUUUUCUUGUCAGAUGUCUGAAUGUGGAUUCGGAAUGUGCCUAUUUUUGUUCUACAACUUGUUUUUUUAUAUAUUAAAGAGGUUUUUUGUUAAAGCCCAA